AGAAGAUUGAGAUAAAGUAGAAAAUGUACACAAUUUUAGUAUCCUGUAUCCUUCUCCUGUGUGUAUCCAGUGUAUCCUGGAGUUUAUAUAUUGUGGAUACAAGUGAAUCUAAAUAUACAAAGGAGGUUCGAAUAGUAUUUGAAAAUUUGACCUUGGAUGACCAGAACGAAGUUACAAUGUCUCAAGGAUGGAAUUUUACUAGAUGCAGUGUGUUUGACAUAGAACGAUUGAGCAUGAAAGCUCCAAAUCUAGUUUCAGCUUUAAACCUGAGUUCUGAAGCUUGGAAGGAUUUUAGGUUCCUAGAACCUAGAUACACUAUGCUGGGUCUACAUUGGGGUUACAUUUCCAGAAAGUUCAAUAUUCCACAGGACUCCAGUAUGCAAGUGUCCUUUACAAUAUUACUAGAUGGAUUCAAUAGUUCAACUUCUUCGAAUCCUUUUCUAUCAACAAACAUUGAUUUUAAGCUGUCUGUCCUGAACGGCAGCGGGUUAACAAUGGAUUCAGUAUCUCUGAAGGAUUUGAACCCGACAAACCUUGAGUGGAGAUCAUACGAAGCUACUUUUAGAAAAACAAGUUCUUUUUCUGAUCCUUGGAAUGUGGAAUUUGGAUUGUUUAAAGGAUCAGACGAACAAAAUCUUAUUCUUAGUAACGUUUCCGUUUCCUGGCAGCCGCUUAUAGGAUCAAACAUCAGCAGAGAACAGAUUCCAGACUUUACAACGACAACAGCAACAACAACAACAAAGUCCACUACAACAACAACAACUAUUGUUAACAACGUAACAACAAAUGAGAAUGACAUGAAUGGAACUACUGUUAAGUAUCCCCCGGAUAUAAUCGAUGAAACAAAUUCAACAAGUUCAGUAUUAUCUGCAAACACAACAACUCCUUCCAACAGUUCCACAACAUUACCAACUACAACAACAACAUCGCCCAAACCAACAACAACAGCUUUGUACAACUUGACAACAUCUCAGAGCGUGGAUAAUUUCACUGAAUCUAGUGGAAAUGGUACUCAGGAGUCUAUUGUUGAAUCAAAGGAUGAUGAAGGAUCAAUAGGUUAUGCAGGAGAGGUCGUCUUGAUUGUCUUUAUCGUUCUUCUCGGUAUUAUGGUUUUGGUAGUCGUGGCAAAAUAUUAUCAUUUGCAGAAGAAUAUAGGGGACUACAGAGUUAAUCCUUCAGCAGAGUAUCCUAAUCCUUCAUUUAAUCCUCAGGAUUCAUAUAGGGAUCACUAACCUAAUUAGGGAUCAUUAGAAAAUUAGGAAUCACUAAACCAAUAAGGGAUCACUGGGGAUCACUAAACUAAUUAGGGAUCAUUAAACCAAUUAAGGAUUACUAAACAAAUUAGGGGAAAAAUAACCAAACGAGGGAUCAAUUUUUAAAAAUUUUCUUAAAAUAUGUAAUCAAAGAAUUACAGCUGUUAAAACUUUAAAAGUGUCCUUCAGACCUACAAUUGAUAAAAUUAAGAGCAGCAGCUCAACUUUUCCUAUGUGAACGAAAGUAUCGUUGGGCGGAUGCUCUGCAAUUUUUAAAAUAACAUUAUAGUCGACAGUCAACUUUCUAAUUUAUAAUUUAAAGAUAGAAAUGUGAAAAAUUAUUUUAGAAAUAAAUUUUAUUUAUAAUUUUAAGGAAAUUUUUUCAAACAAUUUGCGUGAAAACAUUAUCACUUGAAACAGUUGAACACAACCACAGAAAAGCUUUUUUUCCUUUUUUUCAGAAGAAGUCUAUAAGUGUCAUCAAUAUUCAUUCAGAUUUAUUUUUUCUGUUUUGUGAUUGUUUUUAAUUAAACUAUUGCCGCGCCAUUGCACUAUUAAUUUAUAGAUCUUGAAUACCUGUGUUUGAAAGCAAGGCUUAUUUUUGUAAAGUGUAUAACAACUCCAUAGAUGCAUGUGUGUUAUUGUAAACCUAAAUUAUUAAGUGUAUUCUGUAAAUUAUUGCUUAUUUGUAUUUUGAAAUAGUUACACUAAUAUUAUUUAUUAUGUUAAUUUGUACAAUUAAGAUCAAACAGAUGGAACAUGAUUGUAUAUUUGUUUACAAGAUCGAUUAAAAUAUUUUUAGUAAAUGCAUUUAAUUUGUAAUUUUAAAAAGAUAAUUUCAAAUAAUGGAAUUUUGUCACGUUAUAAGCUGAAAUAAAUGACUUAAAGUGCAUGAGAAUUAAAAUAUUAAAAGACUUCUCCCCCCCCCCCCUCUCUUUAAACAAAUACACAGUUGAAAAUUUACACCGAUAAUUAUAUUACAAUUCAAUAAAGUAUGAUUCAUAAAUAUAUGAACAUAUGUCUGCUA